GGCUGGGGAACUGUUCAAUGUACGUCGAACGUUUGAGCGGGUUGCUUUUUACGAUUGUAUAUCGUUGUGAAAAAGCAAGUUAAUCUAAAUUUAAUCUCUAUUAUUUUUGGGUGGCUUACAUAAACAUCGAUACUUUCUGACCAACGACCAUGUCUCUAACACUAAACCUUUCCAACCCAACGCUAAAAGCACCCUACCUCUCCGUUCUCUCAGGUUCCUCUACACUCGACUGGGCUCUCUAUACCUACGCCUUCGGGAACGACAUCAAACUCCAAUCCAGCGGCUCCGGUGGCUUGGAGGAACUCUGCGACGAAUUUUACGAUGGCCGUGUUCAAUGGGGAUUUGCCCGAGUCAUUGAUACAGCGGGGAAUGGAUUACCGAAAUUUGUGCUGAUCAAUUGGUGCGGGGAGGGGGUACCGGAGAGCAAGAAGGGGCUGUUCGCGAGUCAUAGUGCGGUGAUGGGGGAGUUUUUGAGGGGAGCGCAUGUUGUUGUGCAGGCGAGGAAUGAGACGGAUGUAACGCCUUCAGCGAUAAUGAAACGCGUAGAAGCGGCUUCUGGAGCAAAGUAUUCCUAUCAACAAAAUACCCAUUCUUUUUCUUCUUCAUCUGGUUCUGCUGCUCCGGCGGUACAACAAAAACCACAACAGAUCCCAAAAAUCGCACCGAAUGUCGGAUCAGGGUAUAAACCUGUUGGAAAAGUAGAUAUGGCGGCGUUGAGGAAUCAACAGCCUCCAGCGUUGAGGAAUCAACAGCCUCCAGCGUUGCCGACGACGAAGAGACCUGUGCCACAGCAGACGCAGACGGCGGGGUCGUUGUAUGGUUCAGCAAGGCAGAGUGCGCCGGAGGAUGCGUGGCCUGAAGAACAAGUACAACAACAACGGGGACAGCCGCCGCCGCCCUUGCCAGCUACAUCGCGUCCUACAACGACGACUACCACGACCACGAGAAGUGGAUUCGGGUCAAUGUCACUCGGUGGUGGUGCAGCAGCACCAACUAGUCGUCCUUCCCCUCCACCUUCUUCUAUUUCUUCCGUUCCACCACCUUCUUCUAUUUCUUCCACGGUCCCAACAAAACCCACAUCCCAAGAUGACCUAAUCGCACCAGUGGGAACGGCGUAUACACCGGUAUCGUUACCGAAACCAGGAAAACUUAGGAAUCCUUUCGAGAGGAUGGCGGCGGCGGGGCAGGAAUCGACGACGACGCCUGCGAGAGCAACUGGUGGAGGUGGAGGUGGGGCAGGUAAGUUAACCUGGUCACAACGUCAGGCGAUGGCGAAGAAAGAGCAGCAGCAGGCUGAAGAGGAUACACCUCCUCCGCCACCGGCACUAGCUGCAGCAUCUCGACCUGCAGCUGCUGUUUCGUCUUUCACUCGCCCUAUACCUGCUGCUACACGUGCUCCAAUUAGUCCUGCUCCGACAUCUUCACCAGCGUCUGCGGCUGUGUCAAAUGUCCCACGCACAUUCGGCGCGAUGAAACUCGGUGGAGGGGGUGCCUCUGCAAUAAGACAACCGCCGCCUGUUUUAGCUCAAGACGAGGAGGAGGAGGAGGAGGAGGAGGAGGAGACAUGGGAGGCCCCUCCUGCUCCUGUGUCGAGGUCGGUACCACCCCCGCCUGCACCAGGGCCACCUGCAGUGCCUGUCACUGCGCGUCCAGCGCAGCCACCUGCUUCGGGAGGACCUCCACCUCCACCACCUCCGCCUCCGCCAGUUUUACCAGCUGCCUCGGGAGGUCCACCACCACCCCCACCACCUCCGCCACCUCCACCUCCACCAGUUGUAUCGGGUGGUCCACCUCCACCGCCGCCGCCGCCACCACCACCACCUCCUCUGAUGGCGUCUGUUGUACCACAUGUUCCAGAACCAGAACCCGAACCUGAACCUGAAUACACUCCCGAGGACACCGAACCCCAAACACAAACUCAUCCCACCCCCAUCCACGGCCACGGCAUCUGCGCUGCUGUUCUCUACUCCUACGAAGCCACCGAGGACAACGAGUUGUCUCUGAACGAAGGGGAGAUGGUGCAGGGUAUAGAGGAACUCGAUGAAGGAUGGUGGAGUGGGUUUGUUGUUGGGGAGGAUGGGAAGAGGGAAGGAAUGUUCCCGGCUAAUUAUGUGGAGGUUGUGGAGAGUGUGGAACCGGAGGAGGGGGGAGGUGCUCCUCCUCCACCUCCACCACCACCUCCACCUCCACCACCUCCGCCUCCACCUGUAGCACCAGCAGCUCCGCCUGCACCAAUUCCACCACCUCGUUCCCCAUCUCCGACUCCUGCUCCCACCUCACAUGAACCUGAAGCUGAAGCUGAAACCGAUGGCUACACAGCCAUUGCCCUCUACGACUACGAGGCUGCGGAGGACAACGAGUUGACGUUCAAGGAGGGGGAUGUGAUUGUGGGUAUUGAGGCUGUUAGUGAUGAGUGGUGGAGUGGAAGAGUGGAAGGUGGGACAGAGGUUGGGUUGUUUCCGGCAAAUUAUGUUGAGACGCGGUAAGGUGGGGAGGGAUAAGAGGAGGAGGAGGAGGAAGGGGUGUUUGCUGUUUUUUUUUGUUUCUUUCCUUCACUGGAGACAAAUUCAUGUCCGUUUAUAAUGCAUAUGGGUUUUGAUUGACAUCCAGUAAUUAGAGUAUAAUCAUAGCAGAAUAAAGGACAACUGAAUGAAUAAAUAAAUAAAUUCUAA